AACGCACGCGACGUUUAUUGACAUACAACCUGCGUAUCACUUGUGCAUAAAAGCAAAAUUUCUCUGUUUUUUCGACAUAAACUAUUUUGCAUUUAACGUAUAAAUAUUUUAUUAAGAUGACUGAUAGUACUGUAAGAAAAUCUAAAUCUACACCCUCAUUAAGACCAGUAGAAAGGACAAGGGUUGAAGCAAGACAAGUUCAAUCAGAUACAUCAGCACAGGAGAGGACGGUUGGUACAGGAGCACAAGGCAAAGGUGCGGAUCACAAAAAAAGUGGUAGUCCAGAAAGAGGGCGUCCAAAACAAAAACGACCAGGUUCUACUAGCAGUGGAAGUAGCUCAUCAUCAAGAAGUAGAUCGAGGUCUUCAUCGUCUGGUAGCAGCAGUUCAGGUAGUAGCAGCAGUGGAAGCAGUUCUGGUUCAAGGAGUUCAAGGUCAAGUAGUUCGUCAUCCUCCAGUACUGUUCGUAGCAGAGAAAAAAGACGGCGUCAAAAAUCUGGCUCACCCAAGAGAAAAAGGAGGAGUCCUACACCAAAGCCAUCCAAAGUUCACAUUGGCAGAUUGACCAGGAAUGUAAAUAAAGACCACAUCACAGAGAUUUUUUCAGUUUAUGGCCCAAUUAAGAAUGUUGAAGUUAUUGUGGACAGAUUACAUCCCAAUUUUAAUCGAGGAUUUGCUUAUGUUGAGUAUGAGAAAAGUGAAGAUGCUGAAAAAGCUAUAAAAUAUAUGGAUGGAGGUCAAAUAGAUGGACAAGAAGUGUCUGCCGCAGCUAUUUUAGCACAGAGACCAGCUAUGCGAUAUAACCCAAGAAGGAGCCCUCCUCGUCGACCUCCACCAAGAUGGCGAGAUUCUCCACCAAGAUUCAGAAGGAGAUCCCCUCCUAGACGUCGUUCCCCUCCACGUAGAAGAACAAGAUCGCGAUCACCCGCUAGAAGACGACGUUACAGCAGAUCCAGUUCCAGCUCUUCACGUUAACUUAUAUAUUUGCUUUAGACUUUUUACAACAAAAUUCAUGUGAAAAGAAAUUCAUCUUCUUGCUGUAAUUUAUGUCAACUUAAUAUAGUAGAAGAAUUUUAUGGAGUACUGGAGAAAUUUUAGAUAUUUUUGAUCAAUUCAUCAACGUGAGAUACAUGUAUACAUUUGAAAUUUUAACAUUCAUCAUCUCUUAAUGUACCUGUACAUAUAUUUUAAAUUUUGCUUCAUAAUAAAGGUAAUUGAACAAGAUGGUUGUUCAAUCAUUUUUGCAUUACGCCAUCUGAAUAUUGUCUUAGUGAUUAAGGCGAUAGCUUCAUAAUAAAGGUAAUUGAACAGGAUCUUAAAAAUA